AGACGUCACCCACAAUGUACAGGGUAGACACUGGACACGCAGCCCCAAUACCCGUCCAAUAACCAUUUUCAUCAUUUGUCCUCACAAUUAAUUUAAAACAUUAAUUGAGCACUUUCCACGUUCACUUUUCAAUUUCUCAACUAAAUUGAGCACUACAAUUGAACCUCUCAACCCAAACCAUCAUUUCUGAUUUGCGAUUUGUUUCCCCCUUUUCAAUCGCUUUUCAGAUUCCAAUCUCCGGCACUCGCCACCACCUACCACCUCCAUGGCGGCCGCCGGAGCCUCUGUCUUCACCGGCGCUUCCUCCCCGUUCUUCCGCCGUGAGCUGCCGUCGUCGGGUAUAAAAUUGAAGUCGGUCCGGUUCCCGAGCGUGACUCCACGGUUUGCUGUGUCCGUUGACCGGGUUCCGGCGACGGCGGAGAAAGGAAAUUCGGCGGAGGCGAAGCGAGUGGAAGGAAGUGGUGCGGCGGAGAGAGAGAAGAAUGGUUGGGAAGAGGAGAAUGAGAAGCAGAGACGGAACGGUUGGAAGGAUUACUUUGAGCAAGCUAAGGAGUUGAUCAAACCGGACGGUGGACCGCCGCGGUGGUUUUCGCCGUUGGAAAGCGGUUCGCGGUUGGAAAACUCGCCUCUGCUGCUCUUUUUGCCAGGGAUUGAUGGCGUGGGACUUGGAAUUGUUUUACAUCAUCAGAAACUGGGAAGGAUUUUUGAUAUUUGGUGCCUGCAUAUUCCAGUUGCGGACCGGACAUCAUUUACAGACCUUGUGAAACUAGUUGAGAGAACAGUUAAGUCAGAAAAUCAACGUUCACCAAAUAGACCCAUAUAUCUUGUUGGAGAAUCUUUGGGAGCAUGCCUCGCGCUGGCUGUUGCAGCCCUUAACCCUGGCAUUGAUCUCAUACUAAUUUUGGCGAACCCAGCUACUUCAUUCAGCAGGUCACAGUUGCAACUUCUUACACCAUUAUUGGAAGCUUUUCCUGGUCCACUCUCUCCUGGCCUGCCUAACAUUCUUAGUUUGACAGGAGGUGACCCUCUAAGGAUGGUGUUGGAUAAUUUGGUGAAAGGACUUCCUCUACAAAAUACAGCAAGAGAGAUAAUGGAAGAUUUUACUACCCUCUCCUCCUCUCUUCCUGUUCUUGCUGACAUAUUACCAAAAGAAACACUUCUGUGGAAACUAAAGAUGCUGAAGGCAGCUUCUGGGUAUGUCGAUGCACGUCUUCAUGCAGUCAAGGCUCAGACUUUAAUCCUCUGCAGUGGAAAUGAUCAGUUACUGCCUAGUCAACAUGAAGGUCAAAGACUAUUUCAGUUAUUGCCUAGAUGCGAGCUUCGUAAAUUUGAUAAUGGUGGUCAUUUCCUAUUCCUGCAGGAAGGUAAUGUUGACCUGGUAACGAUUCUCAAGGGAACUUCUUACUACCGCCGUGGCAAGUAUCAUGACUACACAUCGGAUUUUAUACUGCCAACACCUGAUGAAGCCAAAAAAAUAAUUGAAUCAUACAGUUUGCUUAACGUUGUCACAAGUGCUGUAAUGCUUUCAACUUUGGAGGAUGGAACAGUUGUAAAAGGCCUUGCCGGAAUUCCUUCAGAGGGGCCUGUUUUGUUAGUUGGGUACCACAUGUUGCUGGGAUUGGAAUUAGUUCCCUUGGUUUCUCGAAUUUUUACUGAAACAAAUAUCCUUGUUCGAGGGAUAGCACAUCCCAUGAUGUUUGAGAGAAGGAAAAAUGGAAGGUUGCCUGAUCCAUCUUCUUUUGACUCAUUUAGAAUCAUGGGCGCUGUUCCUGUAGCAGGAACUAACCUCUUCAAGCUUUUAUCUUCCAAGUCUCAUGUCCUAUUAUUUCCUGGAGGGAUGCGUGAGGCUCUUCACAGGAAGGGUGAAGAGUACAAGUUAUUCUGGCCUGAACAAUCCGAAUUUGUCAGGAUGGCAGCCAGAUUUGGAGCCAAAAUUGUACCUUUUGGUACAGUUGGAGAAGAUGAUUUUGGCCAAGUAGUUAUUGAUUAUGAUGACUUGGCGAAGAUUCCUUACUUCAGGUCUGAAAUAGAAAGUCUUACAAAUGAGUCUCUGCAGUUGAGGGCCGAUGUUAGUGGUGAGGUGGCAAAUCAGCAAGUGCAUUUGCCUGGAAUUUUUCCUAAAGUUCCGGGCAGGUUCUACUAUUAUUUUGGAAAACCAUUUGAAACAGAAGGAAGGAAACAGGAACUUAGGGACAGGGAAAAAUCUGAAGAAUUAUAUUUACAAGUGAAAUCUGAGGUUGAGAGAUGUAUUGCUUAUUUAAAGGAAAAACGAGAAAGUGAUCCCUACAGAAGUAUACUGUCACGGCUAUUAUACCAGGCCACACAUGGUUUUGCGUCUGAGGUUCCAACAUUUGAAAUUUAAUUAUUCAGCACAAAGAAAUGGCAUUGUUUUCUGGCCAGGAGGCAUGAUUACCAUUAUGCAACUUUUUCAAGUUUAAACCAUUAAGCGGCAACUGUAAACUAUACACGAUUGAGAAAGGAACACAACUACUCAAGUUUUUUCUAAAUUUGUCAUUUAUGAUUCUUGGACAGUGGCAUCUUGAAGCAUGUACAGUGGCUGAGAGGUAUUCUUCCCUGACCUAAUUUAUGAAACUAAAUCAAUUCCACAUUGCUUCCUAGAAAGAUCAUUUUUUAAGGGUGUAUCAGAUUGUAUAUAGGGCAACUGAAAAUUUCAUAAAUUUACAUACACAUCUGUAAAUAUCUGUGAGAACAUUUUCGAAAGCAUAGCCUUUCUUGCAUUCCAUCAUAUCGUGUCUAUGAUCAUGCUUCAUGAACGCAUUUGUACUCAUUUUGUCAAACAUUUCUACUUAUAAAAUAGAAGACUAUUAGAGGGUUAGAAUUUUUCUCUUCGUCCAGAAUAAUGUAAAAUAAACUCUCGGAUAGAUGAGUGUUUCUAUAAUUUUAUUUAGCAAGCUACUCUUAAAUUCUGAUAGAA